AACAGACAACCUCUAGAAGGCAAUGCUAAGCCAUUAGCCAAAACAGGAAAGCAGACAACACAAUUACAAUCUACUUUUAACAUCAACAAUUAUCAUGAUGCUGACACUGAUGCUGCAGUAAUAAUUGGGACUGGUACUAAUGCUUGCUAUCUAGAACGAACGGAUGCUAUUAUUAAGUGUCAAGGCCCGGUUACAGCGUCUGGAAGCAUGGCUGUCAACAUAGAAUGGGAAAAUUUUUGGUCAUCUCAUUUCCCAAUAACAAAUUAUGAUAUUAGUUUGAUAGCUGAAAGACCUAAUCCAUAUGAUCAGGUUUUUGAGAAAAUGAUAUUUGGAAUGUAUCUUGGUGACAUUGUUAGGAGAGUGAUUCUUAGAAUGACAAUAGAGUCGGAUAUAUUUGGACCUCUGCCUUCCAGAUUGGUGAAACACUUUAUUUUGACAACGCCUCUUGUGGCUAAAAUGCACGAGGACGACUCUCCUGAUCUGAAGGAAAUAGCUCACAUCUUGAAAAAAACUUUCGGGAUCUCAGAAGCUCCUUUGAAGGUCCGAAAGCUUGUUGUCAGAAUAUGUUACUUGGUGACAAGAAGGGGUGCUCGUUUAGCAUCCGUUGGCAUAGUAGGAAUCUUGAAGAAGAUCGGGCGUGACGGGACGGGAGGCAUCACCAGCGGACAUGGAGGAAGAAGCGACAUAAAAAUGAGAAGAACGGUUGUGGCGAUCGAAAGUGGUUUGUACACAAGCUAUAGGAUGUUCCGAGAUCACUUGCAUGAGGCCUUCAAUGAAUUACUUGGGGAAGAAGUUGCCCAACAUGUCAUUCUAAAGGCCACCAAAGAUGGAUCGGGCAUCGGAGCCGCUCUUCUUGCCGCAUCAUAUUCUUACUGCACUGUCCAUAGGAGAAAACCCUCAUACCCCGGAGGCAGUGUCUUCUUCCACGCAUCUUUAUCUAUCAGCGGUAGCUGUACUUCUGUUUUCACAAAAUCAUCUUCCUCUGGUAGCUCCGCCUCUCUGUCAGGCUGA